AUCAAGUGUCUGAAACGGCUUCACUAACACAACCAAAACGACAUCCUCUAAACCCACACGCGACAAUGGUGAUUCACAGGAGCCCCCCAAAGUACAAGUCCCUCGCAACGGGGGGCUCCACCGUUGGCAGCACUGCCUCGUCCCCACUGACCCUCAGUCGCAGUAGCUCGCGCAGCAGCUCGUCCAGCAGCCUGCUACAGAACAACUACUAUCAGGGACACUCGCACGCCUGUUACCACCACCAUCAGCAGCAGCAACAACAACAGCAACAACGAGAACAUCCCCAUCACCACAACAGUCGAACCUCGCUAACACCGACCAUGAAGCGCAAUAAGAAACAUUGGGGCAGUCGUGAACGUUCCGGCAUGAGUUUUCUUAUCGUAAUCGCCUUCUUUGCCGUCUUUGGUCUGAUCAUACUGACCGAGGUGUUCAUGAUCGACGAGCGCUCGCACAGUGGCCUGAUGGCCAUGCGAGCGGGCGGCGGAGGCGGUGGCAGCUUGAGCGGCCGCAUGGGCGACUCGAUGCCGGAUUAUGAUAAUGUUAAGGAUGACUACGAUCUAUUGGAUGACAGCAUUUUGAGUGAUAAUAAAUUAGGUUUUAUACAGUUUCGUGACAAUAAACUAAAAAUUCAAGAUGCCGCUGGCGUCGAUGGUCAACGCUAUGCGGGAACCCUACUCAACGGUGGUUACGGCGGUGCGGGUGCCUUUGGCAUGAGCGGCAGUCCCAAUGUGCCAUUUAUACCCUGGGGCCAAGUGCUGCCCAGCAAGGUGGAGGAGACGCUACCGCAUUUUCCAUUUGGCACAACGCCCAGCGACGGCGCUUGGCAGGUUGUCAACGGCACUCGCUUCAAGUUCUUUGUGUUCUCCGCCUACUUUGAUAGGCGCGAUGGAGCGCGCCUGGUGCGAGUCGUGGGCGCGACCAAGACACGCGGACCAGAGCGUGUCUGGUGUCGGUUUUGGUAUGGACCCAGGCGUGCGAAUGGUAGCGAUGCAGCCUCUGCCGGAUCUCGUGCCAAGUAUACCUCGGUUACGGUGAUGUCUAGAGUCAAGAUUAUACGCGAGAAUUGGAAUCUAAAGUACAGCGCCUGCUUUGUGCUCUGUCCUGUGCGCUCGCCACCGCUAGAUGUUCCCCAGUAUGUCAGUAUAGUGGCGCGAUUGCGUGCUCCACCCGGCAAUCUUUUGCAGCUACGUAAUACCGAUGAGGACGAGGACUUUGCUGCUCCAAUAUUGCGCAAUGCUAGCAAUGCGUUACCCUUACCGCAUGCACCACCGAGCGGCGAACGCAUACCUGACCGUAUUGCUGUCUGUGUCAAGCCCCUUCACUUUAACUACGAUCAGGCUUUGUAUCUCAUAGAGUUCCUGGAAUUCUACGCCCUUCUGGGAGUCUCACACUUCACCUUUUACAAUCACACGUUGGGCGCGCAUGCGUCAUGUGUGCUCCAAAGCUAUAUGAAUGGCGAUGUGCCGGCUAACCUAACAGCCUUCGAUUUUGAGCCGUUGACGCCGGCUGAGGCGGCAAAUAAUGCUACGCCCCGGGUGCUGAAAUCCCUACACUAUGCUCGACCCACGGUCACAUUGUUGCCCUGGAAUCUGCGUAUGCGUUCCCAAAAGGAAAUACGCACUGAGGGCUUGUUUGCAGCAUUGAACGACUGUGUUUAUCGCAGCAUGCACCGGUACAAGUAUUUGGCACUGGUUGACCUUGAUGAAUUUAUUGUACCGCGUUACACAGAUACCCUACUCGAGCUUAUUGAUUCCUUAAACCAGCGCUUUCGCAAUCGCAAUGCGGGCGCCUAUUCCUUUCAGAAUGCCUUCUACUACAUGCAGUUUGCAGACGAUCCUUUGGCUGUAUCCGGCGUUGCUGGGGGAAGCGAGCAAUUGGCACGUGUACGUGCCUCUUUGGUAUCGCAGCGUAAGACGCGAAGACGCUAUAAGCUACAUCCACAGAAGCAACGUUCCAAGUAUAUUUGCAAGCCAGAAGCAGUGGUUGAGGCAGGCAAUCAUUUUGUCUGGGAGUUCGCGCCCAAUAAAGGAUCGCUGAAUGUUCCAGCUAAGGAAGCCAUAUUGCAGCACUAUCGUAACUGCGAAUUCGGAGGCAACGACUGCAUAAAGGCACCAUCCAUUGUUGAUCGAACUACCACCAAGUAUGUCAAUCGAUUGGUGCAGCGUGUCGAUGCUGUCUAUCGGCAUCUUCAUCAGCGCUGCGAUCUGCCGCCACUACCGACGCUGCCGAAGCAGACGAAACAGGCGCCGGCAACGGAACGCAACGAAAUGCCAAAGUUACUACAGAAAAUACGCGAAUUGAAUGCACAGGAAGAGGAAAAGAAGAAGCAGACGCAGACGAAGCAGAAGCAGAAAGAGGAGCAGUCGGCUCAGAUGAGUCCCACAACGAAGCAAACAAUGACAACGAGAACGAAAACGAUAGCGAUAGCAAAAACUAAAACAACAACGACAACAACUACGGCGAGAAGUAAGCUUAAGGCGGUCAGACCACCCACAACAGCAGCAGCAGCAACAACAAGCAGACCAACCACAACAACAGCAACGACAACGACAACAACAACCAAAAGAGUGGAGCCUGCGAGGCAGCCCCCACCGCUGGUUAAUGUGCGCAAGAAACGUAAAUUGGUUGUCUUCGAGCUAAACGAUGAAGGACUCCCGGUGGCACGUGUGGCAUACCAAUGAGAAAUGGAGAACUUACAAGUAUUUGGCGAUAUUUAGCGAUAGGCAUUUUAGGUUCUGUGCCAAUUAGUUGAGGCUAGCUAGAGCGUUGCAUAUGCUAUAUGUUUAGCCUAUUAAUGUAAGUUUUUCUUUAAUUUGUGGGUUGUGCUUACAAUUAGCAAUAAUUAAGCAAACGGCCAAAGGGAUACGGCCAAUGUUUUGUGGUUAGCCAGAGCUCAAUUUCAUAUCAAAAUAAACUAAAGGAGUAACUGCAUAUUAAGCAUUGCUCACACAUUAAGUAAAGAAAUUGCUACAAUGAAUGACAACUAUGAGAUUUAUGUAGUUUUAUAAGCAAGCGCCAAAAAUAAUAUUUGCACAAUUUAAUAUUUCAAACAGAUGUCCUCAAAAAAGGAAGCAACUGCAACUGAAAGUGUUGGAAGGAAAUAUACAUUUUUUUCAAAGCUCCACAAAUUUUCACAGUAUUAUCACACACCUUUAUGUUACACAGUUAUAAACGAUAAACUAAACACUUUAGUCAUACGCAUUUUUGGUCUGUGAGUUUUUUGACAUUAUCCUAACCAUACCUAAUGUACUACAAAAUUAUUCCUAUGCUAAAUUUAUAAAACAAAAAAUGUAACUAAAAGUCAAACUCUACACUUAAGUUUAGUUUUAGUGUAAGGGCCACCCGUGAGUAUAGAAGAAAAUGUACUGUUAGUCUUAAAUGUGCGCUUUAGUUGCUAAAUAUUGUCUGAUAUUUCUGAGCUUUGCAUUAAGCCUAUUUAAAAUCCAUCCGCUUAGCCACACCUAGUUAGUCCUAUAGUCUAGAGCUACAAGAUAACAGAGAGAAACUAAUUUUAUAAGCUUCAAAUUGCUCAGCAAAGUACUUUCCGAUUAGCCUCUGGGAUCAUCUCAUCUAGGGUUCUUGAUACUUUUAAAAUUAAAAAUCCAAAAUCAAACAACUGUCUUACUUACAUUUCAAAAACAUGUUAUUUUUCGGCUUA